ACAGUGUAGACUUACUUGCCAUACGAAAGUUGAAGGAGACGGUCGACGUUCGAUAGUGCUCCGCUAAAAUUAAGUAAAAAGUGCAUACAAAUCUCACCAAACAGUGCAAAAACAUAAAGUGAACUUAUAAACACCACCCGCGAGUCAUCGCUCGCUAUCCGCCCCAGCGCAAAUCCACACCCGUUGCGAACAAAAUCAGCGGUGAAAAACAGUGCAUCUGUGCAACAGCGAAAAUCAACGCCAUCUUUUUUUCCCACUCACGGUGGUGCGCAUUAUCGAUUUUUCACCGACAUACGGGUACAGCUGCCACCGAUCGGCACUGCUUCCGGAGAGCACUUUUCAUCAAACAGCGAAAAGCAAGAUAAACCUCGAAGUUUCUGCAAAAUCUGUCCCAGCCACCCGUCGAUUCUGCCUACGGCCGCCUUCGACGACAUCGAAAUAUUAAACUCCGCUACCCGUUACCACCACGCUCGCCAUUAAGCCGUCCCGCGCCCGCCCACGACGUUAAUCGCCCACCCACGACGACGUCAAACACGUCGAUGAACUACUACUACUGCGCUACUACCUCUACUACUACUACUUCCUACCACACAUAAUCGACGAGAAAGAGAAUUUGUGUGAGUGCGACUACAACGCCCGCAUACUGGCUGCGGUACACUACGACGAUCGUCUGCGACCUCUACCGGCAAAACUGCUCGUAGCCGCCGAUUUGUCUGCGUGUUCAGAGAGAGAAAGAUAGAGAGCGAGCGAAGCGACACUACACUUCGUCCGUCAGCGCAUCCUUCGAUUGUCGUCAGCGCGCGUCAUCUCCUACGCGGGGCGAUCCUGUUGUGGCGUAAGCAAAUAGCGAAACAUAUUUAGUGGGCGAUCCUCAUAUACGUAUUCUGUGUGUGUGUGUUUGCGUGAGCGCGUUUGGGGGUAAAGAGGGGAAACUGUCUAAACCAAAGAAACAACAACAACAACACUGUUUGAUUUGAUUUAAACAGCGUCUUACAAGCAUCAGCAACAAGCGAGCAGCAAGCGACGAACCCCCCCGCCGAACGACCGACACAUCGCAACACAAUGGGCGAUCAGAAAGGCACACGCGUCUACGUCGGCAACCUUACCGAUAAAGUGAAGAAGGAGGAUCUCGAGGGCGAAUUCACCAAGUACGGUAAAUUGAACUCUGUCUGGGUAGCUUUCAAUCCACCAGGUUUCGCGUUCAUUGAGUUCGACAACAAGGAAGAGGCGGAAACGGCCUGCGACAAUCUGAACGGUCAGGACAUCCUCGGUUCGAAGCUGCGCGUCGAAAUUUCCAAGGGCCGGCGGAAUCCGCGCGGCGCUUCCCGCGGGUUCCGCGGACCGCCGGGCCGUAACGGGGGCAGCGGUGGCGGCAGUAUCGGUGGAAGCGGUGGUGGGGGCAGCUUCCGGAAUGGUUCACGCGGCGGCUUCCGGGACGGUGGUUCGAGCUAUCGAAGCGGUAGCAGCGGUGGCGGCGGCGGCGGCGGAGGUGGCAGCUUCCGUGGAGGCAGCCGUAGUUCGGGCCGGUUCGACGGUGGGUACGGUAGCAGCGGCGGCGGCGGCGGUGGUGGUGGCGGCCGCUCGAGCGGUGGCUACAGCCGCGAUGGUGGCCGCGACGGUGGUUACGGUAGCAGUGGUGGAAGCUUCGGUGGUGGUGGUUACGGUGGCGGUGGCCGUAGCAGUGGUGGCGGUGGUGGACGCUUCCGUUCACGGUCUCCGGUCGGUGGUCGGGGUCGGUAUUAGAAAGAUCCGAGCGACCGACACCGUUCCGCGAAUGGACCGCGGGGCAAGCGCACACGGACUCCUCCCCCUCCUCCCCCCAAGACCCAAGACACACACACUGCUGGCGUGCAUUCCCAUCGCUCAAAGAGAGUUGGUUUUUGUUUUGGUUCGAUUGUCUCGUAAAUACCUUUGGUUUGGUUAGGAGAGUCCGAAAAAGGUGAUGGACACAACAAAUGGCCAAUGAUGGAACUAAAGAACAAUUUCAAGUAGCAUUUAAGUCACAAGGAAAGCGCCGAACAACAAACACACAUGUAUAUUAUAUAUGAGCAGGACACACAGCAAGCCAUCAUCAGCGUUCUGUUCUUCGCUGUCGUUUAAUGUGUCCCUAUAGGGCUAGGGAAACUAUUCAGUCGAAUAGGACAAAGAUUUUUAAGAUACAAUGCUGUGUGUAGGUAAGGUACACAGGUAUCGUGCCGGGUAACAUAAUUCUCAUUGCGUUUCUUAAGUUCCUUUUUAGUUUCUUUUAGUUAACCAUCCUUCACACUCGACCUGUUAGUGUGGAACAGUAUGAAAAUCCCCAACUUAACGUCUCGAAAACUUGCAAUCUGUAUUUAGAACCUUAGAACAACACAUUCGCUUCUCACUGGUAUGAGAAAGCGAAAACGCAUAUAGAAUAGUGUAAGGACAUUCAUGUUGUAAACAUUUGUCAUAAGCGCCACAAAAGUAAUAAGAACUAUCCAUCCUAUUAUUAAAAAUGAAAGUAAUGUAAAUCAGUCUGUAAACCAGCCCACAAUUAAGAACUAUAAAAUGAAUUCAUCCUCCUACUCGAAUAUAUAAAGAUCGUUUCCCCCGCUUUUGUUUGCAUUGAGUCGCUAAUGUGUUGAAAUUUGGGAUGUAAGAAGCACUUCCACAACCAACAGGUUUGAUAACGAAUCAGUCUUUCGUGUGCGUACCACCAGCAAACCUUUUCCAAAAGCAAUACAACGACAGAGGGAAGAUAGUUGUCUUUAACGAGGAAGCACACCAACAGGUGAAGGAUACACACGUUUCUAAGCCAAUAUACGUUUUGUGUGCGUUUUAAUAGCGCCGCACGAAGGAGAGCAACUCUCUGCUUAGUCAAGCCCGAAUAACUUCCUAAAAAACACAUUGGAAAAAUAAAUCUUUGCGAGCUGUGUGAUGCGAAGUUAUCAACAAAAGCAAUAGCAAAACACGGAACACAAGGAGCAUGUUUGUGCGUGUGUCUUUUUAACGUUAGUGGAAAGGAUCAGUCUUUUAGGUUAGGAUAUUUAUGUUUUGUGUGUUUAUACUUCUGUCCCCGAUUGUUCGUUUCUGCAUUGUGCUCUCGAAGAGUCUUCGGUCUAGCUGGAUCUCAGUAAAGCAAGGAAGCAAGGUUUGGGUAUGUGCGCAAUUGUGUGUAAUACUUCUGUGGUAAACAUUUUACAGCAAGUAUCCUUACACCUACCACACUCACACUCACACACACACAAACACAAGCACUUUCGUACAAAAGAAAAGAAGGUUAAGAAACGGUGUAGCAGUGCUUAAUUCUUCUAUACACUAGUUAUGGAAAAAAAGAUUAUCUCAUACUUUUAGUGCAUCACUCAUUUUCUUCCUGAGUAAAAUGAAACAACAGAAAAAAAUGAAGAAAAAAUAAAUAAAUUAAAACAUAAUACUAGAAAUAGAA